AUGUUACGACCUUCACCUUGGCCAUUGCGGCCGAUCAUGACCAUCUUCUCCAUCCUUCUACUCCUUCCCUCCAUCUUCGCCCACGUAUACAACGAGACCUUGGACCCCUGGAACAUCAACAAAGCUCAAGAUGCCACCGAUCCCCUUUUUUAUAACACUACGCGAUCAAACAUAACAUACACCAAAUCACCCCCAAACUGGAGACAAAUUCCCGUUUACACCGUACUCGCCGACAAAUGGAUGGACGGUGACCCUUCAAACAAUGACUUUUUCGGUCUCGUGCACGAGUAUGAUCACCGCGAGACCCAGAUGCGGGCUGGUGGUGACGCACGAGGUCUCAUGGACCCUCGAGGUUUGGAUUACAUUUACGCCUUGGGUUACCGUGCUAUCUACAUUGCCGGCACUCCUUUUCUCAACAUGCCUUGGCAGUCUGAUGGUUACUCUGCCAUUGAUUUCUCACUCUUGGACCCCCACUACGGCACCUUGCAGGAUUGGAUCGACUUUAUCGAUGCUCUUCAUGCCCGUGGCAUGUACAUCAUCGUCGAUUUCACCGUCGGUACCAUGGGAGAUAUGAUCGGAUUCAAAAAAUAUUUCAACAGCUCUGCACCGUUCAACAUCAACGAAUACGACGUCGGAUGGAAAUUACCGCCAUACCCUCCUUGGGGAAUCGACAAGUAUCCCGAUUGGAACUUCACCAACACAUACAACGAUUCAUGUGUGUACCCCACGUUCUGGGAGGAAGAUGGGUCGGUCGUUGAUCCUGGUAAAACCGGUUGUUAUGCCUCAAGCUUUGAUCACUACGGCGAUGUUGAAGCCUUUGGUGUUUUCCCGGAUUGGCAACGACAGCUGGCCAAGUUCGCUUCAGUGCAGGAUCGUCUCCGGGAAUGGAAUCCAUAUGUUCGCGACCGCCUCCAAGUCUUUUCGUGUUUGUUCAUCCAAGCCCUCGACGUCGAUGGUAUCCGUAUCGACAAGGCCACACAGGUGACCGUCGACUUCCUGCCACAGUGGGCAAAAGCCACUCGGGAGUGCGCCAAAUUGUACAACAAAGAUAACUUCUUCAUCCCAGGUGAAGUCACUGGUGGAGACACGUUUGGAGCACUUUACAUCGGUCGUGGACGUACCCCUCGUCUCAGGCCACCCGACCCCGACACGGCCAUGAACAUCACCCCUUCUGACGCUCAAUUCUUUCUCCGUGACCAGGGAUUGAACGGACUCGACUCUGCUGCGUUUCACUAUUCCAUCUAUCGAUCUCUCUGUCGGUUCCUGGGCAUGGACGGUAAUCUUCAAGUGGCGUAUGAUAUCGACGUGGAUUUCGUGAUCGCAUGGAACGAGCUUGCUGCCAAUGACGACUUCAUCAAUCCCGUCUCGGCAGAUUUCGACCCUCGACACCUGUAUGGAACCACCAAUCAGGAUGUGUUCAGAUGGCCAUCGAUCGUCAACGGGACACAGCGUCAACAGCUCGGACAGUUCAUCGGUACACUCGUUCUGCCCGGCAUGCCUUUGUUGUGGUAUGGUGAGGAGCAAGGUUUGUAUUUAUACGACUCACAGGCUAGCAAUUAUUUGUAUGGUCGUCAGCCCAUGGUCAGCACUCAAGCAUGGCAACGACACGGGUGUUACAUGAUGGGUUCAGGACAAUAUUACAACAUGCCUCUUGGUAGAGCCCUCUCAGGUUGCGAAGACGACUGGAAUUCCCUCGAUCACUUCGAUCCCACCGCCAUACCAUUCCGCGGCAUUCGUAACAUGGUUUGGUUAAGAACGCAGUUCCCUUCGCUCCUCGACGGGUUUCAAGUCACCAAUCUUGGUAAAUGGACUCAUGAUAUUACUCUCCCUGGUUCCAACGGUACCGUGACCGAACUCGGUCUGUACUCUGUCACCCGUGGACCUGCCCAAGCCCAGCUCGGCAAGGGACAGUUCAAGGCUGAUGGUGCCAUCUCCCAGCCCGUUUGGCUUCUUUACACCAACGAGAAUGCCACGCAACCAUACACGUAUGAUUGCACAUCGGAAAACUGGAUCUCAUCGCCGUACACGGGCGGCACAGUGGUGCGCAACUUACUAUACCCUUACGAGGAAUACACCCUCCGAGACUCGAUGUCAUCCUUCUACAUCAACGGUACCGCUCCAUUCGUCGGCUGUCUUAAUAGUGUUACCAUGCUACCUUUCGAGUACAAAGCUCUCGUUCCCCUCUCACAAUGGGUGCAACAACCACCAACGAUCUCCCAGUUCAUCCCUGGACACGACGCCCGAAUCCUGUCGUCUGGUGAUACUAUCAGCAUCGAAAUCCAGUACGACACUUUAAUGGAUUGUGACAGCAUGAACAACGCCGUAUCGCUUCAAUUCACAGGCAACGGUAAUCCGUCUCUAUCUCUGCCAGGAUCCUGCUUGAGUAUGGACAAGCAGCCUGAUCCCGAUAUUGUGUCCGUCUCACCCUCGCUGUGGAGAUGGCAGGCCCAGAUUCAAAACGCUGCCGAUGGAAUCUACGUGAUCAACAUCAACAGUGUCGCCAGCCAAAACAACGGCCCUUCCACAGGUACGACUGAUCACUUGCUGCUCCGUAGGGGUCAAAGCGACAAUCCCAUGGUCUUCCCAAUAGAUGCUGAUUACAACGACAAUUUACUCUCCGUAUCUGGCGAUACAUUCACUCUUAAUCACUCUGCCCCAGGUGCCGACAAAUUCCGUUACUCUGGCAACUUUGGACAGACUUGGUCCCCCUGGCAGGAUUAUGAGACGACGAGCACUCUCAAUGCGACGCUGUUUGCGAAUAACUGGUGGAAAGGUUAUCACGUUCAAGUACAAUAUUACUCCAAACUCGCCGCGUCGUCCAGUUAUGUAGUACACGGCGACGCCAAUUGGUCGGGAGGACAAAGACGGUAUCCCCAAAUCUUGGCUCGUGGUGCUUUCAACACUUGGGGUUACGACUUGGGAGCUCGAGCCAGCUUUGCGUUGACAUCUUCCGCGAAUUGGGAAAUGCCCCUCAGUGCCGCUUGGCCAAGUUAUAUUCAGCUCAACGUUUACUCGUACGAUGACUUCUUCUACGGUGACGCCGACGGUGAUGGUAUCAUCGACCGCUUUCCCCCCAACGCUCUGACCCCAAACUAUCUCAAUAUGUCGAUGCCUCCAGCUCCUCAUCUCGCUUGGAACAUCCUCGUCAAUGAUCAAACUGGUCAGUGGAGCGUCACUCCCAUAGGUCAUGAAAAUGUGACGAUCAUCGCCUUUGCCUUGCUCUUCGCCAUUCCCGUCAUCACUGCUUUAGGCGCCGCGGCCACUUUCCGAUACUCGUUUUAUACCAUCAAAGUCAACAAAUGGGGUCUAAAGCCUGCCAAAGAGGCUUACUUCCCGAUUGUUGGAGGACACAAGGAAAAGAAGGGAGAGUUGGACGAAAAAGGCGCUUUGGUCAUGGCUGAUAAACCUUCCAAAGUACCCGAACGGAUCAUCGGAUGGCCAGAGGAUGUCAAUAAACGACGUAAAGUGCUCAUUGCCACUUUGGAAUAUGAGAUUCUGGAUUGGAAACUAAAAGUCAAAAUCGGCGGUCUUGGUGUCAUGUCCACUUUGAUGGGUAAAGCAAUGACCGAUGUCGAUUUGCUCUGGGUCGUUCCGAAAGUCCAAGAUAUAGACUAUCCGCAAGGAGAUUACGCCGAACCUAUUGAGGUCGUCAUCUUUGGAGAGCCAUACUUGAUUGAGGUGGAAACGCAUCAAUUGGACAAUAUCACUUAUAUCAUCCUUGACUCUCCUGUGUUCAGAGCUCAAACGAAAUCGGACCCUUAUCCUCAGAGAAUGGACGAUCUGUCUUCUGCCAUCUUCUACUCUACCUGGAAUCAAGCGAUUGCAGAGGCUAUCAGACGUAAUCCAAUUGUCGACAUCUACCAUAUAAACGAUUAUCACGGUGCUCUCGCUCCUCUCUAUCUCCUCCCCAAGGUCAUGCCUGUUUGUCUCUCGUUACACAAUGCAGAAUUCCAGGGUUUAUGGCCAUUGCGGACGAAAGAUGAGAUGAAGGAAGUGUGCGCUGCAUUCAACAUCCCCAAGGAAAUUUGCAGCAAGUAUGUCCAAUUCGGUAACACGUUCAAUCUUCUUCACGCCGCCGCCAGUUACAUCUCGCAUCACCAAAAAUCAGUCGGUGUUGCCGGUGUGUCUGAUAAAUAUGGUAAACGUUCUUGGGCUCGAUACCCCGCUCUGUGGACAUUGAGAAAUAUCGAUUCGUUGCCCAAUCCCGAUCCAACCGAUAUCGCAGCUCUCGAUGAACAACCUCUCGCGGUGGAUAAGAUCGUUGUUGAUCAAGACGCCGAGUCUAAACGUCCUGAAUUCAAACGUCAAGCGCAAGAAUGGGCCGGGAUCAAGCAGGAUCCCAAUGCCGAUCUCUUCGUAUUCGUCGGUCGAUGGUCGAAACAAAAAGGUGUUGAUCUGAUCGCGGAUGUCAUGCCCGGUUUAUUGGAGAAGAAAUCUCAAAUCCAACUCAUCUGUGUUGGACCUGUCAUUGAUCUCUAUGGUCGAUUCGCCGCUGAAAAACUCGCUCGUCUAAUGGAAAUGUAUCCCGAUCGUGUCUAUUCCAAACCUGAGUUCACUGCCCUUCCACCUUACCUCUUCUCCGGUGCCGACUUUGCUCUCAUUCCCUCUCGAGAUGAACCCUUCGGUCUUGUCGCUGUGGAAUUCGGUCGUAAAGGUGCCCUCGGUGUCGGUUCUCGACUCGGAGGUCUUGGUCUCAUGCCCGGUUGGUGGUUCCCCGUUGAAUCUUCGGCCACGGUACACAUGUUAUCUCAAUUAACCAAGACCAUCAAACUGGCUCUCAAAUCGACUCAAGAGGAACGUGCCAUUCUUCGUGCCAGAUCUGCCGUCCAACGUUUCCCAGUGGUAGAAUGGCGUCAACGAUUAGAAGAUUUUCAACGUCGAUCUAUUGCCACCUCUCGUGCUCAUGCAGGUGAGAACGCUUGGGGUUACGAUCAAGUAGGAUCAAUGAAUGCCGGACUUUACGCUCAUGCCGAAGCUGGUUCAACAACUUCAUUACAACAAUGGAAUAGACCAGGUACACCUGAUUCUUCCGCACCUCCAUCUCCAAUGCCACAAGAACGUCAAUUACCAGGUGGAAAUAGUCCUCUUGCCGACAAAAACUUUUUCGAUCCUAAUGCUCCCAUGUCCGGUAAUAACGACAACAACAGUUUAUCAGCAGGUGCAGCAUAUCAUAAUCGAUUCGCUCAGCAAAAAGCACAAAAUCGUCAAUCUGCAGAAAGCUUUUACGAUGAAGAACCGGAUCCUAAUGCCGGCCCAUUGUAUUAUAAAGAUAAAGAUAAACGUAAAUCUGGUAAAAAGUUCUUUGCGGGUUAUGAUGAUGAAGAUGUACCUUCUUCUCAAGGUAGCUCGGAUCAAGGAGAAGGAGAUACUACCGUCGUCGGAUCAGGUCCAACAGGAGAAGGAAACGGUGCUAUACCGAAACAACCUCAGAGUUAUGAUAAUUUCUUGGCUGCUGCAAAUCGACAAUUUAGUAAACAAAAUGGAGGUAAAAACGCACCGGAUCCAUUCAUGGAUUCAAGGAGGAUGAGCUCUAUGAGUUCAGAUAGUAAUUUCGCACCUCCCAGGCCGUUCAGUGUUAGCUCGAGAGCGAAUAGUUUCGAUAGUAUUUCAAGUAUAGUGGAUGAGAAGGGAAAUUCGCCUUUGAACAAGGCUAUGGAAGCUUUCACCGAUUCGGACGGAGAAGUCGCACAGACUUUCGUUCAGAAACUCCAGCAUCUUACCGCUGGAAAUUCCAAGAAAGAACUCUGUAUCGAUGAGUUCCUUCAGAAGAGCGAAAAACGAUACUUCAACGACGCGCGUAAAGACAUGAUUGCAGCUCAGAGUGUGCGUAGUUCAAGGGAUAGCUUUAUGCAGAGUCGACCGGCUAGCAUGAUGGAUGGGUUCAGACCGGAGUCCGCUCGCGAUUCAUACACCGCUCCUUACUCCCACUCUGGCCAUGAUCACGAGAUGAUGGGUCCGGGCGACAGCGACCACUAUGGUGGAGACAUGUACGAUCACGAAGGCCCACCCGAGACGCACUUUACGAAAUUGCAAAUCUUCAUGUCGCGCAAAAUUGGCGGUUGGCCAUUGUACACUAUCAUCAUUUCUCUUGGUCAACUGUUAUCUGCCACCUCAUUCCAGCUUUCUCUCUUAUCCGGCUCGAACACCUUGAAAGAAGUCGACUUGUACAUUAUUUGCUCCAUUUUCUUCGUCUCCACCCUCGCCUGGUAUACCCUCUUCCGUAUGAAGCCCUCUGUCUGGGUUCUUUCCCUCCCUUGGCUCCUCUUCUCCGCUGCAUUCCUGCUCAUCGGAUUCCCUUCUCUCCACGGCGUCUUCACCGGUCCGCGAACUACCAUCACCCGAGUCGCUACUUGGCUCUACGCCAUCGCUUCUUCCGCCGGAUUCCUUUUCUUCGGUCUCAACUUUGGUGACGAAGCCGGUGCCGCGACUGAGGUUUGGGUCACCCGAGCAUGUAUCGUCCAAGGUCUUCAGCAGAUUUGGGUUUCGGCAUUAUGGUAUUGGGGUUACACACUCAAUGGUAUUGACCCCGCUCUGUACGUGACACCAAGGGCGAUCAUGUAUGUGGUUUGGCCGCUUGCGGUGAUCAGUUUAGGCUUUGCCUAUCUCAUGUUCCGUGGAGUACCAGAGUAUUACCAACAAAUCCCACCCUAUGUACCCAACUUUUUCCAUACACUCUUCCGACGUAAAUUGGUCAUCUGGUUCUUGAUUUCUGAAAUCCUUCGUGAUUACUGGCUCUCAGGCCCGUACGGUCGUAAUUGGCAAUUCCUCUGGGCAGCGGCGGAUGUACCGAAGUGGGCAGUGGUGGUGAUGAUUGCCAUUUUCUUCAUCGGUGUUUGGGGCAUGAUCAUGGGUUUGCUCAUCCGUUACUCAAAAGUUCAUUCGUGGUUAUUACCCAUCUUCGCUAUCGGUCUAGGAUGCCCGAGAUGGUGUCAAAUGUGGUGGGGUACAUCAGGGAUGGGGUUGUAUAUCCCUUGGGGAGGUGCUGCAGGACCUUACAUCGGUACAUGUCUCUGGCUAUGGCUCGGUGUACUCGACGCCAUUCAAGGUGUCGGUCUUGGUAUGAUCCUUCUUCAAACACUCUCACGUCUACACGUAUGUGCUACUCUCGCCGGUGCCCAGAUCUUAGGUUCCGCGGUGGUCAUGAUUGCUCGUGCGACUGCUCCGGACAAGGUGGGACCUGGAAACGUUUUCCCUAAUGCGGCUAUAUGGGAUUUGUCAACUGGCAAGAACAAUCCAUUUGUGCAUUGGGAAUUCUGGCUGUGUCUUGUGUGUCAGCUGGUCAUCGUCGUAGGAUACGCAGUCUUCUUCCGACGUGAACAAUUGAGCAAGCCAUAGUGCAUGUUGCAAGAAAAAGCUAGAAUUGUGGAAAAUGUUGUGAGAAAGAAGAGAGAGACUCUUAUGGACAAUUGCUUGCACUCAGUAGUAGGUAUAUACAGCAAGAUGCAUGUUUGCGAGUUUGUC